AAGUUUGAUGGUCAGGGUUGCAUGAAAGAGAGGAAAGAACGCACAGAGGUAUGCCUCCUUUCUUUUCAAACUUUUGUUCUUACCACUGCGGGAGCUCUGGGAUAUCAUUUGGCGGGCUUUGUUUUGGAGAGAAUGGCGAUCCCGGCGUGGGCGUCGGUGUCCCCGGAGGAGCAGCAGCACCAUCGGCGCCUCACCUUGCUGCUGCGCAGCAAGCAGAGGGUCCUGAAGGCGCCCCUGGCCGCCAUGGAUGAGCAGGAGCGGCAGCUUCAGUCGCGGCUGGAGGGACUCCAGAGAAUGCCGCCACCCCAGCACCGGCUGCUGCAGAAGAUCGUCCACACGGCAAUCGUGGCCGAGGUCGCGCGGGCCUCUCCGGCGGAGAAGCCAGAGGGCGUUCGGCAAAGGAGCCACGACUAUGUUAAAAUGGAGGCAAGUUCCUAAGAGCAAACGCGACGUGCGACGUGCGACGUGCGGCGUGCGGCGUCCUUGCUUUGAAAAUGUCGCCCU